AUGACGUGUUCAUUAGGAAACCAUUUAGCCAAACAGAUUGGAAAGUUUAGUAGACGUAGGGAAAGAUUAGCUGACAUGGAAAAGUUUAGCAGACGUAGAGAAAGUUUAGCAGACUUAGGGAAAUUAAGCAGACGUAGGAAAAGUUUAGCAGACGUAGGGAAAGGAAAGUUUAGCAGACGUAGGGAAAGUUUACCUGACGUGGGAAAGUUUAGCAGACGUAGGAAAAGUUUAGCAGACGUAGGAAAAGUUUAG